UAUCAGCUCCCUAAUCUAUGAUUAAAGCAAGAAUUUGCGGUUGAAGAGUACCAAAAUGGACUUCUCUUACUGUGCAGAAUAUGCUAAAACUGGACGUUCAAAGUGUCGAGGGUGUAAAUCGGCAAUUGGGCAAGGAACACUCCGGUUAGCAGCCAUGGUCCAGGCGUCGACCUUCGACGGCAAAACCUCUAACUGGUACGACUACGAGUGUUUCUUCAGGAAACAGCGCCCCAAAUCCGUCGACGACAUACAGCACUUUGAAGACCUGCGACUAGAAGACCAAACAAAAAUCAAAGACAAAAUAGGCUCAGGAGGGGCGGCUGUAAUAUUACCAGACACCAAAGUCAAGGGUAAAAAACGAGACGCCACUGCGGUUGCGGCGAAAAAGGCGGCCCUUGAAGACUUCAAAAUCGAGAAAGCCAAAGACCGUAGGACCAUGUGUAAGGGGUGUGAGCAGAAAAUACUAAAAGAUGAGGUGAAGAUUUCAAAAAAAGAUUUCGAGACUGAAGUAAGCCUGAAGUAUGGGGCCCAAGACAUGUGGCACCAUCUUUCCUGUUUUGCGAAUUUGCGGUCAGAACUGGGUUAUUUUGAGUCCGCGGAGGCCUUGCCUGGAUUUGAAUUACUGGAUGAAGCUGACCAGGCGGAAGCUAAGAAAGAAUUGCCACCAAUCAAGCAAGAGGAUGUUCCUGAAAAAAAAUUGAAAAGCGAACAUUUUUUUUUGAGGCCAAAAGUGGCUAGGCAAGUGCCGGCGCUCUACAACAUGGAGUUCGUGAUUUUGGGCCAACACAAGCGCUCUAAAGAGGAGUUGAAGAAGCAGAUCGCUAACUUGGGGGGUAAAGUGACCACUAAGAUCAGUGGUACGGUGAUGGCGGUGUUUGCGUCGGAAGCCGACGUUGAAAAAAUGGGGCGUCGGAUGCAGACUGUUCAGGCUAAUCAAGUUCAUGUCGUUCCGAAGGAGUUCGUGGAUGAAGCGCCGCAGCACGUCGGGAAAAUUCCGGAGUUGGUGGUCGCGAAGUCGAUUUGUGAUUGGGGUUCAGAUCCAAAAACCCGCCUACUUCCCGAGCGUUCUACCAGCAAAUCCGGCAGCAGCUCCAUGCCCAGCAAGGUAAAACUGACCAACAAAGGAGGAACCGCCGUCGACCCAGACUCCGGCCUCGAACACGAAGCCCACGUCUACACCUACAACUCCGAAAAAUACACAGCCGUGCUGAGCAAAACCGACAUCCAAUCCAAAAAAAACAGCUACUACAAACUACAACUCCUGCAAUCCGACCGGGAGCAAAAAUUCUGGGUGUUCAGGUCGUGGGGGUGCAUCGGCACCACCAUCGGCGGCAACAAACUAAAGAACUUCCACUCGCUGCAUGACGCAAAAACAGCGUUCUGUCAGCUGUAUGAACAGAAAACCGGGAAUAAGUGGGAAGACCACCACAACUUCCAGAAGGUCCCAGGCCUGUACAAUCCCGUCGACGUGGACUACGGCGACGACGAGCAGGCGAAGUCGUUGGACGUGAUCGACUCGACGUCUUUCUUACCAGUUCCUGUGCAGAAUUUGAUGAGCUUGAUUUUUGAUGUGAACGCCAUGCAGAAGGUCAUGUUGGAGUUUGAACUCGAUACGGAGAAAAUGCCGUUGGGGAAGUUGAGCAAGAAGCAAAUCCAGAAUGCUUAUAGCGUUUUGACUGAGCUGCAGCAGCUUGUUGAUAACAAUGGGGCUGAAAAUAGAAUCAUUGAUGCCACAAAUAGGUUCUAUACUUUUAUACCGCACUCGUUUGGUACUAAUGAUCCUCCGGUAUUACGCGACACAGAAGUUAUUAAGCAAAAAAUCGACAUGCUGGACAGCUUGUUGGAGUUCGAAAUCGCCUACAACCUGAUGAAGUCCAGCGGUUCGGAGAAAAACGUCGACGGCUACUACAAGCAGCUCAAUACCGAAAUCGAGGUGUUGGAUAAAGAGGCCGAGGAGUUCAGUCUCAUUCAAGACUACGUCAAGAACACCCACGCCGAUAUCCAGAGUAGCUACACUCUUGAAAUUAAAGACGUCUUCACGGUCAAACGUCAAGGCGAAGACGAACGGUUCAAACCGUUCGAGAAGCUCCACAACCACAAGUUGUUGUGGUACGGUUCUCGAACUACCAACUUUGCGGGGAUUUUGGCCCAGGGGCUGCGCAUUGCGCCCCCGGGGGCACCCGUCACGGGUUAUAUGUUCGGGAAGGGUAUUUAUUUUGCGGACAUGGUGUCGAAGUCGGCGAAUUAUUGCUGCACUGGACCCACCAAUCCUACUGGUUUGUUACUGCUGUGCGAUGUGGCCUUAGGAAAUAUGUAUGAAAGAACCCAAGCUGAGUAUGUAGAGAAGUUACCCAACGGUAAGCACAGUACUAAAGCUUUGGGGCGGACUGAACCAGAUCCGAGUGCGGCGAAAAGUCUCAACGGGAUUGAAGUGCCUCUUGGUAAAGGAGUGACUGCCAAUAACAGGGGUUCAGCUUUGCUGUAUAAUGAAUAUAUUGUAUACGAUGUGGCGCAGGUCAACGUCAAGUAUUUGCUAAAAGUUGAUUUUAAAUACAAGGAUUAAAUAUUUACUGCUAUAUUUUUGAAAGUUUUGAUGUUUAAGCCAUGUUUCAAUAAAGUUAUAUUAAUAAAA